ACACUGUUUUACGACACUGCACACAGUUCGUCAUCGCUCUGGAACAAGAUGGCCUCGUCGUUUUGGAAAGGUGUUGUCGGCGUCGGACUUUUUGCCUUAGCUCAUGCAGCUUUCUCUGCAGCACAGCAUCGAUCGUACAUGCGACUCACAGAGAAGGAAAACGAGACACUACCGAUUGAUAUUGUAUUACAGACCUUAUUAUCGUUUGUGAUGACCUGUUAUGGUAUUGUUCACAUUGCUGGAGAGUUCAAAGACAUGGACGCCUCCUCAGAGCUCAAAAACAAAACAUUUGAUACACUGAGGAACCACCCAUCCUUUUACCUUUUCAACCACCGGGGUCGGGUGCUAUUCCGCUCGCCGGAGGAGGAGCCCUCCUCUGUACGCAACCAGCAAGCUCUUCCCAACCCCAUACGGCUACGCAAGCUGGAGCAUUUGCACUGAGACUGGCCUUUCUUGCCUGUAACGUCAUCAACGUCACAUAAGAUUUUGUUUUUUGUUAGACAGAGGAGGCAAAGUGAGAAUUCACCUUCCUCUACUUUUUAAUUUGUAUUUGUACAUAUACUAAUAUGCUGUCCAAACAUGCAUCGCUUUCCAUAAAAGUGGUCACCACCAUAUUCACACUGACUGUGCCAACCCUUCAAUUUUUCAAGCUGAUUUGUUUGUAUAUUUUUGCUUUUGAGUCUUAAGAUACAGAGACAUCUGCCCCUCUUGUCCCCUCUCAACUCACUUGGGAUAUUGCUGUCCUUUGUAUAUCCUUUGUAUAGGGGCAUAAAAAUGCCUGUUUUUGUUACUGUUACAUUUCAACCACAGCAACUGUCUGGGCAACAUUUUAUGACUUGAAAUGAGUUUUGUAUGAACUGAGGACCUUUUCUUUGAUGAUUUCCUGGAAGCAUAAAGGCUAAUCUGUAACAUCCUGUAUGCAUUAAAGAGGUUUGCUUUAUGCCACAGGAAAUUAACUCAAGGUGAGACGUGAGAGCUGGAAACGAUAGACAGCCGUUCCACUGAUACUGUGAACACUGAGGCGAAAUAGAAAGUUAUGGUACAUUCAUUGGGGUGAAGUUUGUUUUUCCUUCAUUUUACAUUUUGUUAACAGAUGUUUUUAAUUUAAUAAAAGGCAUACUGAUUUUACAA